CCAGGGGUCCAGAAUACUUUCACUUUUAGAUUCGUUAGCAUUCUCUGGUUUGUAUAAAUUGAUUCGGAAACCAAGUUUUGGUACAGUUCGAUUAUUUGUUUUGUUCUGUGAACAUCAGCUUAACGACAUCCUAUAGCUAUGGCUUUCAAGUUCCUGACCUUCUGCGCCGUGCUGGCCGUUGCCCGUGCUGGAGUCAUCUCAUCUCCUGCCUUGUCUUACGCUGCUCCAGCCCCUUUGACCUAUGCCGCCCCCUUGACCAAAACCUUGGUGGCUGCUCCAGUGGCCAAAGCCGUCGUUGCUGAUGAGUAUGACCCCAACCCACAGUACUCUUUCUCGUACGGAAUCUCCGAUGCCCUGACCGGUGACCAGAAGUCCCAGCAGGAAUCCCGCAACGGAGACUCCGUCCAGGGAUCUUACUCCUUGGUUGACCCUGAUGGCACCAAGCGUACUGUCGAAUACACUGCUGAUCCGAUCCACGGAUUCAACGCCGUUGUCCACCGAGAACCUCUGGCUGUUAAGGCCGUCGCUGCUACCCCAGUCAUUGCCACCAAGACCGUCAUUGCUCAGCCUGCUCUGGCCAAAACUGUGAUCUCCCAGCCAGCUUAUGCUUCGUACUCUGCUCCUUUGGCCACCAAGACCAUUGUGUCCCAGCCGGCUUAUGCUAGUUAUGCUGCCCCAGCUACCUAUGCCUACAGCCACUAAGAAGACUGAAACGGAAUCCGCCGACUGUUACCCUUUGAUUUUUGUUUAGCUAUGGAAUAUUAAAACAUUUAAACAAAAAAUAA